AUGACGACACACCACGAGCGCAAAUUUCCCGUCAUUCUGAUCACCGGUACACCCGGGACCGGCAAAUCCUUCCACUCCCUACUCCUUGCUCAAGCCCUCGAAUCAUCCUCCACUCCCCUGGUCCACCUCAACAUCGGCGAUAUAGUCAAAGAAAAGGGGUUCCACGAAGGAUGGGACGAGGAAUGGCAGAGCUGGACCAUCGAUGAGGAUAGAUUACUGGAUUAUCUGGAGGAGAUCAUAAAUCCAGAAGGAGGGGCUGCUGCUACUGGCUUCAUAAUAGAUCAUCAUGACCCCUCAUUGUUCCCCGAACGGUGGAUAGAUCUGGCCGUUGUGCUCUUGUGCGAUAACAAAGUACUGCACGAGCGCCUGACAGCAAGAAAUUAUCCCCCCAACAAGCUCACCGAGAACAUCACCGCCGAAAUCAUGCAGACAUGUCUGUCAGAAACGCGUGAAUCCUAUGCCGAGGAGAUCAUUGUCGAGCUUGCAAGCAAUGGGGAGGGGGACGACGUAGAUGAGAAUGUGCGGAGAUUGGAAAGUUGGGUAGGGACUUGGGUGGCGGACAGGGCAGCGGGCGGGGAGGAGUAG